AUGGCCUCGCAAAGCUUGUCGCGCUGCCGGCGCGGUCUUGCGGUGGCACGGAAUAGCUCGUGCCCGGCGCAUGCGUGGAUCGACGCUGUUGCGCCGCUGCUACUCGAGCCACAGAUGACAUUCAUCAACGCUGGCGCCAACAAGGGCUAUCAGGUCGCAGAGUUUCUGCAGCGCUUCCACUCAGCAGCUGCUGCUUCCGCCGGCUGGCGCACCAACGCGGAUUGGCUGGCAGCGAUCAAGGCGUUCCGGCCGCACGGGGUCCUCACGUCGUGUGGCGUGUGCAUGACGUGCCAGUCGCCAGCCCCAGCCGUCCGCCUGCAUGCGCCCUCAGUGCGGGUGCACGCCUUCGAGCUCACUGCGUGCAACCACUGGCUGCUGAAGAACCUCUUUGAGAGAUUGUCUGUCCCAGGGAUCGCGCACCACGUCGCCGUCACGAAUCGCAGCGGUCUCGUCUACGGACCGUCGCGCUGCGGAGGCGGCGACGAGGGCGCCUCGGCGCUGAUGCGCAAUGCGCCUGGCCGGUGGAACAACCCGCAACCGGCCACCUCGGUGGACGACUUCUGCGCCAAGCACGGGCUGGACAAGGUGCACUGGCUGGCCGUGGACACAGAGGGCUUCGACGCGCUGGUUCUCGAGGGAGCGCAGGCCAUGCUGGCAUCUCGAAAAAUCGACGUCGUCGAGUUUGAGUACCACGAUCGCGUCGGCUACUGGCGCCCGCGCUUCGAAGAGAAGCGCACCCUCAAGAGGUCUCUGGACGCGCUCCACGCGGCGGGGUAUGAGUGCUUCUGGCAGGGCAACGACGGCCGCCUUGCAUCGGUCACGCCCGCGGGCUCGACGUCGUGGUGCUCGCCCGGCGGGGUGGGCUGGAGCAACCUGGUGUGCUCCAGCGUGCCGCGCAUCGUCGCCAAGCUCCAGUCGCUCGCGGUGUGA